UAGAUCAUUGAAUAAUUUUACUUCCUGGUCUUUUGAAAUUCACAGGGGAAACUAAGCAAAACAAUGGCGUCCAAUGCUGUGUUCCACAAACAUAUGUGAAUUAUAAUUCUUUGAAUGCUUAAUUAUGUUAGUGAAUGCUUUGUGAAUUGUCAUCAUUUUCGAACAGUUGUGAUAAUAUUGUAACAUACAUUCAAGGAACAUUUAAGAGUUUAAAUAAACUUCAAUUUAACAAUAAAAGUAUGAAAACAUAGCCUCAAGAAGUUCAUCUUUUUACAAAGGAUCUGAUCUGAUUCACGACUACAGUUGUUUUAAUUGUGAGGAAAGUGACCUGAACACAGAAGCCCAGCACUUCUGCCCAAAGUGUGAACACUAUCUGUGUGACAAGUGUGUGAAGUUGCAUGGGGAUUAUUUUAAGAAGCAUGUUGUGUAUGGGCGCGGGGACAUUCAGAAGUGGGCGGGGUUCUCCAUGGACAGAUGUGCCCAACAUGGCAAGGAGCUGGAGGUCCACUGUGAUGAUCACCAGGAACUUUGCUGCAGUGUUUGUGUGGCCCUUAACCAUAGGCUGUGUAGCAGCAUCAGCCUCCUACCUGACCUGGCCAGAGGCUUCCUUGAUACAGCAGAGUUCAAGCAGCUGCCAGCUGCAGUAGACAAUAUGAGGCGCAGGCUGGAUGAGCUCAAGAAUGACUGUAUGAAAGACCAAGCCUCACUGAAAGACUCCUACAAAAACAUCACUGCUGAAAUCAAGGCCCUCCGCAAAGAAAUAAAUGAGAUCUUAGACAAGCUUGAGAAGAAGACAGUUGAACAGCUGGAUAGUAUGAUGGAAGAUUUAGAAAAGCCUUUAAAAGAUAAUUUAGAAUCCUUUGCCAAUAUGGAUGAUCAAAUAAGUACAAUGAUUGAGAAACUCCGGCAGAUUUCUGGCAAAAACAGGGAAAGCAGUUCUUACAUUGGAUUAAAAAAAUGCCAGUCUAAGUUGAGUGAAGCCAAUUGUCUUGUACAAGAAAUACGGGAAAAAGAACAAAUGAAGUUUAAAUCUGAUGAAAGUGUGUUAUCAUUUCUAAGAAAUCUUAACAGCCUUGGAAAUGUUGAUAGUGUUAAAGACACUGAUAAUAUUCAUGUGUAUAAGAGUAAGAGUUCAAGUGAGUUUGAAGUAAAAAUGGAUAAAGACAAGAAAGAGUGCUAUAUUGAAGGUAUAUGUGAGUUGCCAAGUGGAGAGGUGGUAAUUGCUGAUUAUAGUAAUGACAGAGUAAAGCUUCUGAACAGUCAAUUUGAGGUCAUUGGUCACUAUGAUCUGCCUGCUCCACCCCAACACUUGUGUCACACCAAAGGCAGUGAAGUAGCAGUAGCUGUAGGUGAGGUCUCUACAUAUGAGAUCCACUUGGUCACAGUGACGAAAGGGAAUCUGCAAGCAUUGAGAAAGUUCACCACAGACCAUAAGUGCAUGUCCGUUGGCCACCACCAGGGCCAGCUGUAUGUGGGCUCGGGCAAAGCCCUGUACUUGUACAGUUUGGAUGGUAGUCUCAUUAAGAAAAUGUAUGAAGACAAUUCCUAUUCCCUCACAGUGUAUAGUUGUGCUGUCUCUCCUGAUGGGGAGAGAAUUUAUGUGACAAAUUAUAAUGCUUCUAAAUUAAUAACGCUUGAUACAUCUGGUCAAGUGUUAUAUACAGUAGAUGAUCCUGACCUACAAAACCCAACUGGACUAUGUGUCAGCCCAAGUGGCCAUGUGUUUGUGUGUGGGCAGGAGUCUCACACUGUGCUACAGGUGGACCAGGAGGGGAGAAAGAAGCUGGCCACAGUGGCCAGAGAGGCUGAUGACUUGUGUUACCCUCGUUCAGUGUGGUUUAGUGAACAAACCUCCACCCUCAUUGUUGGGAAUCUUCACCAGGACAACAUCACUGUUGUCAAGUUAUGUUGACCUGAGUAUAAAUCAGAUUCUGGUAUGCAAAGAAAAAAACAUUGAAAGAAGAUGUCCAUCUUUUCUUCCAUUAUUCAAUCUUGCUAGGAUGGCAGUUUUUCUCUUAUUUUUGUAAAUACAUUUUCAUUGAUAUUUUGCAUUAGUUCUUUUACAAGUGAUGUUUAGCAAUUGAAAAUAGUAUGUUGUGACGUAAUAAUGUAUGAUGUAUACGUCUCAAGGAAUGCCUGUUCUGGGAUCUUAAUAUUUGUAGACAUGAAAUGAUUUUAAAAAUAAUUAGAUUUGUAGAAAUUGAGAUGUUUCAAAUUGUCAAGUUUCAGAUUUAUUAGUUCAGUUUAAACAUAUUUAUUUUACAACGAUUUUGAAACAAUUUAUUACAACAUUAUAUUAAUCACUCUCGUCGGCAUGAUUUAACGCGAGAGUGUGGUCUUGUGUUGUGGGGGAAACCAGAGAUCCCGGAGAAAACCCACUUCUCCGGCUUGGUGACCACAUACCAAACAUACAUGCGCCCAAGUCGGGAAUCCAACCCGGGUCGCCUAGGUGAGAAGCGAGUGCGCUAACCACUGCGCUAACCGAACAACCAGAUUUAUUUGAGAUUCGUCAUCGCAAUUGCUUUAUCGAGUUCCCGUUGACCAAAUGACAACAUAUUCCAUUGUAUAGAUAACAAGUUUUAGGUCAGACUUUAUUGUAUAGAUUAAGAAUGUCAUUAUAUAUAUAACAUAUUUCAUCGCAUAUAUAAUGAAUAUCAUUGUAAAUAAAAUCAAUUUCAUGGUGUAGAAUUUUCACGGUAUAUAAUGGUGAAAAGGAUUUUUUUAAUUCCAUUUUUGUAUGUCCAGAGUCAACUUCUUAGAUGUAAUUUUUAUUUCUCCUAACUUUAAACCUAAGGUAAGUUGGGUUGAACUUGUUAUUUUGAAAACGUAUUUAAACAAAAAGUAUUAUUAUGCCUCUUUCGAAGAAGAGUUAUUGCUUUUCACAUGUCGGUCGGUAGGUCGGUCGGUCCGUCCGUUCAUCCGUCGGUAGACCAAAGCUUGUCCGAGUGAUAACUUGAUACUUCCUGGACUUAUGGUCAUCAAACUUGACAUAAUGGUUGGGUCUGACCAGCAGAUGACCCCUAUUGAUUUAAGGGAUCAUCGGGUCAAAGGUCAAGGUUACAUUGAUCUUUAACAGGGAAAGAUUGUCAAUUCUUGUGCGAGUGAUAACUCAACGAUCCAUGGAUCUAUGGUCAUCAAACUUUACAUGGAGACUAGGCCUGACCAGAAAAUGACUGCUUUUGAAUUAAGGGGUCAUUGGGUCAAAGGUCAAGGUCACAGUGACCUUAAACUUGAAAAGGUUGACAAAGCUUCUCUGAGUCAGCAAUGCCUGGACCUAUGGUCAUCAAACUCUACAUGGAGGCUUGGUCUGACGGGCAGAUGACCCCAUGAUUAUAGGGGUCAUCGGGUCAAAGGACAUAGUGACCUUGAAUUUGAUAUUUUUUUCACAGUGUUAACUCCACAACGCUUGCACCCAAGACAUUCAAACUUGACUUGGAGGUUUAGCCUUUACAGUAGAUGACCCCUUAUGAUUUUAGGGGUCAUUGGGUCAAUGAUCAAUUUCACAGUGACCCUGAAUGCAAAAAGCUUGUCUGUGUGGUAACUCGUCAAUGCCUGCACCAAUGGCCCAAAAACUUGACAUUUAAGUUUGGGGUGACCAGUUGAUGACCCCUCAUGAUGAGGUCAUAGAGUCAAAGGUGAAGGUAGGUCACAACUCAAAUUGGUCAUUAAAAUGAAUGUCAUAUUUACUUAUUUCCUGCUGCUAAAAGGAUACAUUUUCAUCUGCAAAUAUAUUUCAUCUGAACAUGAUUAAAAACUGUACCUACUAUCCUCUCACUUGAAUGGUCAAAAUUUUAAAACAGCCUCAAAGGCAUCCAAUGUCAAUGACAAAUCAGCUGUCAUUUUGGUCCAUGCAAAUUUCAUUCGUCCAAAUAUUUCUAACAACAUGGC